GAGGAGGAGGAGGAGGAGGAGGAGGCGGCGGGCGGGACGGAGACAUGUCGGGCUCGGCCCGCCCCUCGCACCCCAAGGCGCAUCCCGCCUUGUCGCCCAGGCCUCACCAUGGCCCCUCCCGGAAGUCUUCCAUGGGCAGCGCCGAUAUGCUCAGGGCGGUUGUUAUGGCGGCCAAGAAAAAUAAGCAGAAGGAGAAAGAGAAGGGAAUCAGCCGGCAGGAUGAGGAUGUUGUUAAAGAAGAAGAGGCAAUGGCUUGGAAAUUGUUUACCCUUACGCAGAUUAAUAUUUUGUUGGAACAAGAUAUAGCAGGAGUUCAAAGGUAUAUGGAAAUGUUCCUAAAUAUGAGAGAACCUUUGACAUCUUUGAAACAAGCUGCAUUACUGGAUUAUUAUGUCUCUGGAUUUUGGUGGGCUAAAUCAUUAGAGUUCACACCCGUGCAACUUGGAGGACUCCUGACUCUGUUAAAUAUGCUGAUGAAUAACAUUGAGACUCGGAAUUUGACACUGGAAGAGAACAUCCAAGAACUCAGAAAUGCAAUGGCUGGAAUUGGGCGACGUAACUCGGAGAAAAGCGGUGGCUUUGAGUUCUUCACGGUAGACCAAGCCAAAGCCAUAAUCAAUUAUUUGAAGAUCAGCAUAUUCCAACAUUAUACACUAUAUGAAUUUCUUUUCUACACUCCCAGGGAAGAACUUGUGUUGGGAGAUGAGAAUGUUGUAGAACUGGUCAAGCCCGCCAAUAGCCCUUUCCCUGCUCCUUUGGAAGAAGGUUUGGCGUACGAUAUAUAUUCCAGAUUUAUAGCACAGACCCCAGGUGAAAAGGAUGCAACUAAGGAAAUGGAGGGAGGCGUUCCUCUGGAAGAGGAGGCUGAAGCCGAAACCAUUGUAGAUCCUUUGACAGGUUACACCAUCGAGGAUGUUCAGAUGGUACUGGGCCAGAUCACCGGUGAAAUGCUCAGCGGCAUUCAGUGGGCCUUUGUCCGAUUGAACAGAUAACCCUCCUGUCAAAAUCAAGGAGGAUACUCAUCAAGCCUCUGGGAUUUUGGAUGUCUUCUUAGGGGCAAAUCCAAGGUACCCUUUUGUGCCACCUGUCUUUAUGUUCCACUGUCUAACUCCCCCACUCCCGUCCUUCCUUUUUUUAUUCUGGAGGAUUUUAUUAUCUGGGCCACGUAUGGUGAAUGUGAUACGAUUCUAAUCUGCAUUCAUUUUAUUUAAGAUUCAUCUACUGACACCAAAAAGGGACCCAGAGCAGGGUGCAAACAUUACAAAAACCACAAUUUUACAAUCCAGUUUACAUCUUUUGUUGAGGUUCGCUAUUAACACUGUCUCUGAAACAAAUUGUUUCAAAUUGGGUUUAUAAAAAUACUGUGUGGUUUUCACUAGGAUCCCUAUGGGCCACCAAUGGGGCUUCAAACUUAAAUAUCAGAAGGGCACCCUGAGGAUCUCUUAACAGUGAAGGCAUAACUAAUCUGUGUUGAAUUAUUUUGUUCUUUUGCACUCAUGUUCAGAGACAUGAGAAGUAUUUAACUGGGUGAGUACAAGGUCCAUUUUCCUCCAUCAUUUUUGUCAGAAUCUCAGCAACCAUUAGACAUGAGGCCUUCCACCAGAAAUUGGCUAAAAUGGGCCACAAUCUUUCUGCCUGUGCCAUAUUUAAAACAUUGCCUACUAGUUAUCUUUCACAAAGUGUUUUUUGAGCUAAAUUCCAUUCCAGUUCACCAAAACUUCAACAACAACAUUUUGAAUUCAGCAGAGAAUUUGAUAUCAACUCUUAGAUGCAUUUAAACUAUGUCUAAAGUAGCAGAGAGAGAAAACUGAAACCUUCAUUUCUGUUGUGUUCUGUCGCUUUGCGGGCUGCUUUUGUCAACCAUCUUCCCUCCACAAAAACAGGAAAUUACAGAAUGCAGAAAAGCAUACAUGUCCUACAAAAGAGAUACACACAUCCACAUAUUUAAAAGGUUACAUAAAUUCCAAGGCCACUGAUACAUUCAGCCAGCAUUUGUACAAAGUUGCAGAAACAAAACAAAAUGAAAGUUGCAGAAACAUACUAUCACUGUCAAGGAAUAUUUGUUGCCAUCCUUGUGACAUUGUUCUGAAUACUGCAACGAAAUCCAAGCAUUCUGAUGCUUGUUUGUAUGAUGUUCAUUUACAAUGAAGCUUUAUGAUGUUCAUUUACAAUGAAGCUUUAGUUGAGAGAGAGAGAAGCAACAUCUAGUAAAGUACCGGUAGUUCUGGCUUGUUGUUGUGCACAUUGCUUCAUUACAUUUCCAGUAAUGCACUCUUAAGUGCAAUAGAUCUGCUCUAAAGAUUAAACAUCUGCUGUGAAGGGAGGGGAGAAUGGAAAAUAAUUCAAAUGCCAGAGGAUUCUGCCUCCUCUCACCAAUUUAGAUUUAUUGGUAAAAAGAAGUGUGCAUGCACAUGAAAGCUCAUACCAAUGACAAACUUAGUUGGUCUCUAAGGUGCUAAUGGAAGGAAUUUUUUAAAUUUUGUUUCAUCUGAGAAGGCAAGGUUACUGGUGGGGUGGAGUGAGAGAUGGCUGUCACUUCCUCUUCAUGACAAGCUUAUAUAGUGUAUUGAACUAUGCACACAGUAAUGAGAUAAAGUACUGCAUUGUUGUGCAAGUACAGGCUGGGGCAUCGUAACAUCUGCAAAACAGGAAGAUGUCCAAAGAAUAAUGUCUGCCUUUGCUGUAGUGAAACCAUGAAGACAAUGUGCAGUAGCUGAUAGCUCAGUUACAUCUACUUCUUCUUUAAAAUUGUCUUUACAGACUGAGAUUAAUGAAAGGCUACAAACGCAGCAAGAGGCCUAUUCUGCAAGAAUAGACAAGCUGAAGAAGGCCUGAAAGAACUGAGCCAGCAGAGGGAUGGUGGUGUCUUACACUUGCUAUAUAAAACACAGGACAGCAAGCCCUGUGAUGUGUUUCUAUUACCUACAGUCAGCAUAAUUGGGACGCUGUUUCAUCAUCCAGAAAGCACUGUUCUUUAGCAUAGCACAUCUAUUUUUAUAUUAUUUGAGUGUUCUAUGAAACAAGAAAUAAAAUUAAACUUUAAUUGUUGGUUGGUUGGUUUAAAUCUGAGAGUCAUCAGCGUUGUGAAAUUUCCCCCUAUAUGUGUGUUGGUGGGAGACAUUCAGAACAUCCAAGGUCUUAAAAGUAUUGUAACCUUCCGGGGGAUCAUAAACAAGCAAUCUCUUACCUAGAAUAGUUACGUCAUCCCUUAGGGAUUGAUUGAGCGGUCUGUUUCAGGCCCGUGUAAGUUUUGCAUGUAGCCAGUCAUAAAUCCAUUCUGUCCCAUUUCUCAUUUAUCUGUUUUAAAAAGAAUGAGAACAUGUUAUUUAAAGCCAUACUUUAUGUCAUUGGGUGCAUUUCUAAACAUUUUUAUUAUAAAAUAGGCUUUUUUAGCAUUGCUUUUUGAGACAAGCGCCCUAUCAUAAAAUUCAAAGCACUCUGAAGGAUAGUUUAAGGUCCAAUGUUUGUACUAGUCUGGGAGGUACAAACAAGGCCAGUUAGGGCAAUGAAGCAAUAUUGCGAAUGUAGCCAUAUCCUAGAUCUGUAUAAUAGUAUUAUGUUGUUGGCAAGUUUAAUUUUCGAUCCUUUUCUUAAAAUUUCUUAGCAUUUCUAUUGCCAGACUCUCCUGAAUUAAUAUUACCAGCUAUUCAGACCAUUAUGCACUAUGCUUGAGAUCAUAAUGCAAAGCCCAUGUUUGUCUUUUUAUGGACUAGGCCUGACUUUCAUCUGCUUUAGUGAACUCUGAAGAUCAACUGAUACCCCCUGCCACCUCCCAGGUUUUAUGGAGGCCCUCGGAGCUCUAUAAAACACUUUGAAGAUUAAAAAAGUGCUAUAUAAGUGUGCAACGAUGCUGAUUUGUUCGACUUCACACAUAUGCUGGACAUCUGUGCACUUAAAAAACGGCUAAGUGAAGCCCAAGUCCUGUAUGAUAAGAGGCCCACUAAAGUGAAUAAAAUUUAAUUGUGUUGAUUAUAUUAAGCACAGUUGGGACUUGAUUAGGGUCUUAUUGGGAAAUGGAAACAAGGGACGAAAACCUGCUGGAAAGAAAAAAUGAGAAAGCAUUAUAAAUGCACACGUAACAUGCAGAAGAGAAUGGUUUGUUGAUAUGUAGGUAGACUCCAUUUGGCUGCUCUUUUAACAGCUCGUCACGAAUGAGACCCUUUUGGAAAGUGAUGUGUCAAGGGUGGUUGGUGCCUGAUGACUCAUUCAGACUUGCCAGUCACCGCUUGGUGCUGCAGCUUCAUUUGGUAAGCAAGAUUAGGCAUUUGCCAGGUUCCCAAGGCUUGUGAGGGACCACCACCCUGAAAGAGCCAUCAUUUGGACUUCAUAUGGAGCACCCAAGAAAGUCUGAGGCAACAUGAGAGAAUUACCCAUCUGCAUGUCCUACCUCUUCCAUGUUAAGGAGGCUGGGGUAAGGCACGCUUCCGCGCAUGCGCGAAGCGCCGAUAGAGCGCUUCUGCGCGCACAUGCACUGCACAGAUCACAUCUGCACAUCCGACGCCGCGGAACCCGGAUGUAAACACUUCUGGGUCUGCGUCGUUCGUAAACGGAGGUAGGCGUAAACCAAGGUUCCACUCUAUUCCAUAUGUAUUUCUUAAUGAUGCAAAAGACUGUCCUGUAUACAGCUAACAGAAAUUCCAUGCUUCUUGUGCCACUGUCAUUCCCUUGAAGGCCAUACUACUCUAAAAAGGAACAAGGUUGGUUUUGUUUUUAAGGCUUGCAACCAUAGUCUCCCAGUUCAUGGUUUGUGAGUGUUUCAAUCUGGUCCAUUAGUUUGACCCCAAGCCCAUGCAGCCUUAAUCUGGUCAGUGUGAAGAUGGAUGGGGCUGAGACUCUGGAGGAAGCCUGCCAUUUCCAUAGCCUUAUGAUGCUUCCUUGAAUGCCUUGCUUUGUGUCCCAUAUGACUUCCCCAUCCCAAGAAUGAACAUGCUCAGUUGACUCAUCUGGGGGGGAUUUAAUCAGGUUUUCUGCAUCCACACCAAGAAUUGGAGAAGUUGUCUUGACCAAGCUUAAAAACUCCUGCCCACACUUCUGAGAGGCUGACGACUAUUAUUAUUACUACUACUACUACUACUACUAGGGACCCAGGUGGCGCAGGGACCCAGGUGGCGCUGUGGUUAAACCACUGAGCCUAGGGCUUGCUGAUCAGAAGGUCAGCGGUUUGAAUCCCUGUGACGGGGUGAGCUCCCGUUGCUUGGUCCCAGCUCCUGCCAACCUAGCAGUUCGAAAGCACGUCAAAAUGCAAGUAGAUAAAUAGGAACCGCUACAGCGGGAAGGUAAACGACGUUUCCGUGUGCUGCUCUGGUUUGCCAGAAGCGGCUUUGUCAUGCUGGCCACAUGACCUGGAAGCUAUACGCUGGCUCCCUCGGCCAAUAAUGCGAGAUGAGCGCGCAACCCCAGAGUCGGUCACGACUGGACCUAAUGGUCAGGGGUCGCUUUACCUUUACCUUACUACUACUACUACUACUACUACUACUACUACUAUUGGCAAAUUUUCAUUAUUUUGGGGGAAAGUAACCAGCUAAUGUGGAGAACAGAACUUACAACUAGAAAACUGAGAAACUAGAAAAGUGAAAGUUGAUGGAUUUUUCAAUGGCCUGAGCUUUUAUCUAGGUAAUAUUUGCCCAAUUAUACUAAUUGUUCCAGUUUUGCCCAAUUUGAGUUCUAUCAGCUUAUUUAGAUAAUUUUUAUUUUGAUCAUUUAUUAACUGAAUGCAGUGAGUUUAUAAGCAAAGGUUGCUUUGAGCUCUCUGUGACCUUUCUGGCAUGCACAAUAUUGCAGACUCCAAGGGAUAUAAGUGUACAGUAUAACAAUUUUUUACAUCCAGCCAACAUUUACAAACAGUUGCCAAAGCAGCUUCUUUCUACUGCAUAAAAUAACCUGUGUGACAUUGGGAAUCAGAUACCUCACUUGCUCUUUUUGUUUGUAAACCAAUCAUUCAGCGUAAAAUAUGUCUGUAUACCAAACUAACCUGAUUUCCCCCUUAUUCUCACUAGUACACAGAUACUUUGUUAAUAUUAUAUUUUAAUACCUUUUUUCAAUAUUAAAAGCAGGGCAAAGUUUGCAUUCACAUAACACCAAAAUUCAGUGAUUGCCAAGAAUGUCCCAUACAGUAAAGUCUGCUUUCAGGUUGCUAGAAUAUUUUUUAAUAGUUUGUGGCACAUUGCUGCCUGCGCAUGGUCAGUUCACACAUGUUGUUUCUUUGGUGUGCACAUAAGGUUUUGUAAACUACCCCCCCCCCCUAGCAAAAAUAAAUAAAUUAUGGUACAUUCAUCAGAGAGCCAAGUUUGACUGCAGUUCCCUAUCAAGAGCAUUUUGAGUUGCAAGCCUACAUUUGCCCAGCAUAAUGUGUGAAUGGGCUUCUCAAAAAGACUUACUUUAAAUGAGGGUUUAAAUUAAGUUGGGGUGGGGGGAGAGAAGGCAGGAGCCGCUGCUGGCUUUCCCAGAAACCAAAUUGUCUUUUAACAGCUGGCAACUUUCAGUGUUCCAUCAUGGCUGCCCAAUAGUGCCCUCUUGUUGUUACUAUUUGCAUACCAAGGCAGGACAGGACAGCUCAAGACUGGGAACUGACACUAGAUCCCCCCCCCCCAUUCCAGAGACCUAAAAGCAGUAUGAAAUGUGUGCAUUUGUGAUGCUCCCCCACCCCCCACCCCAUCCCAAUAACAUCUUUUCGCCAGAUAUCAAUAAUGAGUCCCAUUAUUUCUAGGGGUUUUGGGGUAGGGUUGCAGAAAGAAGAACGCUGGAAAUCAUACAUUAAACCACAGACAGCAAAUAUGUGUCAUUUCCACCAUCUGUACUCUGAUGCACCAACACUUUACCAUAUAAAACUACUGUAUUAUAAUACCUCAUUUUGUUGUUUGUGAGAGAGGCAGCAAGGUUAAGAUAAUAAGACGGUUGUGAGCUUGAAGAGUUGCUGCGUCUGCUGCAAUUCAGCUACCUUGAAUUUUCAUCUGGAUAUUUUACAGCACUUUUUGGGUCCACAAUGCUGCCCUCCGUACAUAAGGAUUGUUUUGCUGAAUCAGACCAAAGCGCUGUCUAAUCUACUGUGCCGUUUCCACUACUACCGUAGCUGCCAACAUGUUGCCUCUGGGCGCUUGCAAGCAUAGCCUCUCCAGCAUGUUGUAUUUAAGGGAAAGCCACCCUUUAUACGUGGUAAUUCUAUUUAGAAGUCAUGAUUGAUAGCCAUUGGAAGAGCUCCUUGAGAUGGGAGAGGCUGUAAAAUCAAUACCGUCAAAAUUGGAAUGAAAUCUCUGCGGAGCAAGGCUUUUAUAUUGUGCAACUCGCCAGAAAAGAUCUAUGUAUGCAAACAUGAGAAUUCCGCCUUCUAAUCCUCUCCUUUGUACUAUCUGGUAGAUAUCAACUCCAAAUGUUCCAUUCUGCCUCAUGCUCAGAUUCAUAAUCUUCCCCAGAGCAUAAUAUUCAAGAAUUAUCAAGACUACUCACAGGGAAUGAUUUUGUCCCUUGAUUGAGUUCCAGCAAAAAGUUCUCAGUUCUCCCCCUUGCCAAAUGCAUGGUGUGGAUCAUACAAACCAUUUUUUCCCAAGCCUUAUUGACCCCCCACCCCAAUCCUCGCCAUAAUAAACGCAUUUCUGCUGGGGGGGGAGGGAUUUGGCAGAUGUUUGCAAAUGAAGGUCUACCGCAAACUAUGUUUCUGCAUUGCAAAACAUUCCUGUUUCUAGGAAGUGGUUGCUUAUUUUUAUAAUUCAGGGAAUACAGUCAAAAUACCAUGCAUAGCAUUCCUUAAUAUAAUACCGAGCAGCAUUGUUUGCAAUAUCUCCUUGUAACCACUGUAGUUUUGACAGAUCAGCUUAAACAUAUGGCACCACGUUUGGAAACCGGGCCUUGGCUUUGGAAUCAUAUUGCAGAGCUGGAACAAAUCUGCCCAGUGUUUUGGUAGGAGAGUGCUAUUCAUUUGUGUUGGAAAUUAGCUCUGUGGGUAGUGAUAGAAUCACAUCAUGCAACGGCAAAUGUAGACGCAAGAUUGUAAAAGCUGUCAUAAGGGGAUUCUCAUCUGUAAUACAAACCUGACUUCCCAACCUGCAUUCUUAGCAUUAUUUUCAGCUUUAGUUGCUUGCCACAUUAGAAGUCUCUAAGCAACUUGCAAAAAUUUAAAAACAAAAUGUAAAUCUUUUUUGGGGGGGGAAACAAAUGACAGUAGAAAACACACCAAAAUCCAUCAAAGAGACCUAGUGAAACAGCAGCAAAAGAAGUGCUGGAUAAGCCACCAGUUCCCCCCACCCACCCCAACUAUCAGGUGGACUAUUCACCUGAUGGCAGCUUCCAAUGUGAUCCUUGCUGUGGAACCAUCUCCCCAUUCUGACACCUCUUAAAAGUGCCUUUCUGUUUUCAGGCUUUUUGCUGGCAUUUAAUUUCAGCGGGUUAUUUAAUUUCACCUUAUUUUAACACCUCCUGGGCUAUCAACUACAAGUGAUGUCUAAAUGGUUGUACACAACCUCGAGGCUCAAGAAACAGGCAGAAGAAAAAAAUAUUUUGGGACUAGAUAAAUGUUUCUGCACAUUUAUGCUCCUUCAUCAUAACAAGGAGUAGGAUUUGCAAACAUUUUUUAAAAUUGCAAAUCUCUGCUGUUGGUGGUAAUGUUACAGGCACUAGCCAGUCGGUGCCUUCCACAGCCAUUCGUUCCUCCAUCCAAGCUAAAACACGCCCCAAAGCAUCCCCACCUCAUGAAUUCACCAGAAGGACACACGUGUAUCUGUUCACUCAGUAAACUUCUCAGAGUAUCAGGGGUGUUUUUAAUCACCACUUUUAACAUGUUAAAUGUAUUGACAUACUCUGCAUAAGGCGCUACAUAUUGAGCGUAAUGCUGGUGGUCAACAAAAGAGGCUUAAAGACUGUCUGAAGGCAAAUCUUUAAAAAUGUAGUAUAAACACUGACAACUGGGAAACCCUGGCCUGCGAGCGCUCCAGUUGGAGAACAGCCUUUACCAGAGGUGUCAUGGGCUUUGAAGAAACUCGAUCUCAGGACGCAAGGGAGAAAUGUGCUAAGAGGAAGGCACGCUUGGCAAAUCCACACCGUGAUCAACCCCCGCCUGGAAACCAAUGUCCCCACUGUGGAAGGACGUGUAGAUCCAGAAUUGGCCUCCCCAGUCACGGACCCAUUGUAAAAAUCGUGUUUAUGGAAGACAAUCUUACACAGCUACGAGUGAUCGCCAAAGAAGAAGGAGGAGGAGGUGCUACAUAAGACAAUUUGGGGGGGUAUGAUGCACUUUGUGACAUAAUUGAGGAAGGACAUAUCUCAGUAGCGGGGCAUGUCCUCAUUUAAGUCCCUGGCUUCUCCAGGCAGGUCUGGGAAAGAGCCCUUCCUGAAACCUGGAAGGCUGUGUAGGCAAUGCUGAACUAGAUGGACCAAUAUCUGACUCGUUAUAAAUAGGCUUCCUGUGUUCUAAUUGCAUCCCACUGCAUUAUAGACAGUAAAAAAGGUAAAGGACCCCUGGACAGUUAAGUCCAGUCAAAGGCGACUGGGAUUGUGACGCUCAUCUUGCUUUCAGGCCAAGGGAGCCAGCGUUUGUCCACAGACAGUUUUCCAGGUGAUGUGGCCAGCAUGACUAAAACGCUUCUGGUGCAAUGGAAGCCAGAGCACAUGGAAAUGCUGUUUACCUUCCUGCCACAGUGUUAUCUAUUUAUCUACUUGCACUGGUGUGCUUUCGAACUGCUAGGUUGGCAGGACCUGGGACAGAGCAACGGGAGCUCACCCCGUGGCGGGGAUUCGAACCGCCAACCUUCUGAUCAGCAAGCCCAAGAGGCUCAGUGGUUUAGACCACAGUGCCGGACAGAGCUAAAGCUGGGCCUAAACCUUGCAGUAUAUGUCCUGCAUCUCCUCCCCUCACCAAGCAUCCCUGCAAUGUCCGGGUGUGCAAAAUAACACCGACACACCACACUUUCGUCUAAUAACUUGAGCAGCAAGAUGUUUGUGUUAUUUGAAAAAAUAUUAUGCCUGCUUUCUGGGCGCACAAGAUGACAUUCAGAUACCGAGCGUUGAUUGCUCAUGGUUUAUUCAGUGCCUU